GAAGAUGCAUCUGCCACAGUGGGCUAGUUGGAGUAAAGGCUACGAAUGAAAUCCAUCAAGUCCCACGCUGCUUCUCACCUUGCUUUGUAAGAGACUUCCUGUAGCCUUUGGAAGAGCCGAUCAGGAUUAAAGACUAUUUUCCACCAUGAAGUUGAAGCAACGAGUGGUGCUUCUGGCAAUCCUCCUCGUCAUCUUUAUUUUCACCAAGGUUUUCCUCAUAGACAACCUGGACACCUCGGCAGCUAACCGCGAGGACCAGCGCGCUUUUCAUCGCAUGAUGGCAAGCCUGCGGGUGGAGCUGGAUCCGCGACUUGACCACACCCUGCAGUCUCCCUGGGAGAUCGCGGCCCAGUGGGUGGUGCCGCGGGAAGUGUAUCCGGAGGAGACUCCAGAACUCGGGGCGGUAAUGCAUGCCAUGGCUACAAAAAGGAUUAUCAAAGCAGAUGUGGGCUACAAGGGUACUCAGCUGAAGGCGUUGCUCAUAUUGGAAGGGGGACAGAAAGUAGUCUUCAAACCUAAGAGAUAUGCCAGAGACUAUGUGGUAGAAGGAGAGCCAUACGCUGGAUAUGACAGGCACAAUGCAGAAGUGGCGGCCUUCCAUCUGGACAGAAUCUUGGGUUUCCGGCGAGCCCCCAUUGUGGUUGGCAGGUUUGUGAAUCUCCGCACAGAAAUCAAACCUGUUGCUACGGAGCAGCUGCUCAGUACCUUCCUGACAUUAGGUAAUAAUACUUGCUUCUAUGGGAAGUGCUACUAUUGCCGGGAAACAGAGCCAGCCUGUGCUGAUGGGGACACCAUGGAAGGAUCGGUCACACUAUGGCUGCCAGAUGUUUGGCCUCUUCAAAAGCAUCGGCAUCCAUGGGGAAGGACCUACAGGGAGGGCAAACUGGCCAGGUGGGAAUAUGAUGAGAGCUACUGUGAUGCUGUGAAGAAGACUUCACCCUAUGAUGCAGGGCCGCGGCUCCUUGACAUAAUUGAUACAGCCAUCUUUGAUUAUUUGAUUGGGAAUGCUGAUCGGCAUCAUUAUGAAAGCUUUCAGGACGAUGAAGGGGCCAGCAUGCUUAUUCUCCUUGACAAUGCCAAAAGUUUUGGGAACCCUUCCCUGGAUGAGAGAAGCAUCCUGGCUCCUCUCUAUCAAUGCUGCAUCAUCCGUGUCUCCACUUGGAACAGGCUAAACUACCUAAAGAAUGGGGUACUGAAGUCUGCCUUAAAAACUGCCAUGUCCCACGACCCCCUCUCGGCAGUUUUGUCCUCCCCUCACAUGGACGCCUUGGAUCAGCGACUCCUGAACAUCCUGGCUACGAUAAAACAAUGUACAGACCAGUUUGGAUCAGAUGUUGUGCUGGUGGAAGAUAGGAUGACCCUUUCCCAUUUGUAGCUUUCAACGGAAGAGAGCUGGAAUUCUUUCCUAAAAAUAAAACAAUAGAAAAACAGCACAAUG